AUGAGGUGCUUCAGCAAGUGUCGUGCCUCUGCGACCGGGAUCAGGCAAGGUAGAUGGGAAGAAGUGGCGCCCCUCUCCCCUGAGCUCCAGAUCCAUGGCAGCAGCAGCAGCGAGCAGGACAUCCGCGACGUAUAUCCCAAGAAGUUGCCAAACUACAAGGCCAAGCUGAAAAACUUUGAAGAGCACUUGCAUACUGACGAAGAGAUACGCUAUUUUCUUGAGGGCAGUGGAUACUUUGAUGCGAGGGACCAAAAUGAAGAGUGGAUCUGUAUAGCAGUGAAGGAAAGGGGCAUGAUUGUUUUGCCUGCAGGAAUGUGUCACGGAUUCACGUUGGAUAAUGACAACUACAUCAAAGGCAACGGCCUAAAGCAUCUUGGGAUAGAAUAG